AUGCAAAAUCCCGUUGUUCGUGAGUUUUUUUAAAAAUUGUAUAGUUUCAUCUUAUAAAAUCUGUCCAAAAAAAUGUUAUAAAUCUAAUUUUGUAUCGUUUCUCAAGGUACAAAAAAACAGAUUUCUGAUAUUUUUUUAGCAUUUUUUUCCACGCAAGCCUUCAAAUCCUUUAUAUUUUUUUUUUUUUUAAUUUUUUUGAAGUGAAAUUUAAGAAAAAAAGGGACUAUUCAGUCGAUUCGCUGUAUGAAAAAGCGAACGAAUUUUGCAUUUUCAGUUUUUUUUUGAAUUAUUUUAUUUUCCUGUUUCAAUUGCAGAAUAAAAACCCGCAUUGUUGGAAUUUUUUUAAAUGGUACUUUUUUUCUCGAAAUAACGUCGAUUUUUUUAGCGGAAUCUCUGAAAUUAUUUUUAAUCGUGAAGUUUUUUUCCAAUGGAUCUGAAUAUUUAUAAAAAAGGGGGCGUGGCCGGCCAAUGAGAUAAUUGACCGUAAAAAAAUCCAUUUUUUUCCCCCUUUUUUUCGAUUUUUUUAUCAUUUUUUUCUCAGGCUGAAAAAAAGUUCAAUGUUUCCUUUGAAUUUUUUUAAUUUUUUUCUCAAUUUUCGUUUUAUAAUGGAGUAAUUAUUUUUCAAAAACCAUGAUUUUUAAUCAAAAAAAUUUUUUUAAUUUUUUUGAAGUGCCCCCCCUCUCCAUGCGGGUGAAAUUCAAGUGGUCCCUGUAGGGGUUGAGAAUCUGACUCUGAAGCCCCUUAAGUGGUCCCUAUAGGGCCGUUUUUGUGGAAAGUUCCUAUCAAAAAAAGCCAUGUCCCCUAAAGGGACCACCUGCAAGCUUUAGUGGUCCCUCUAGGGAGAUGUAAAGUGGUCCCUAGAGGGAACCUUCAAGGGCCCUUAUAUGGGACCACUCUGGAGUUUCUAAGAUUUAAUCCAAAAAAAAAGUUCCUUAAUAUCCAGAAACCCCAAAGAACACAUUUCCUUGAUGAAUCCGGGGCUUUUGGCCAAGGUUAAGUCUUAGAGAUUAAGCCACGCCCACAAACGCCCACCUGCACAUCUAACUUGUUGUUUUUUUCGGAAAUCGACCUGUUUUCAGAAGCGACGACGUCGCCGAAGAUGCUCAACCGGCCGCCGGCGUUGGUCCUUCCGGCGAUUCAGAUUCCGGCCGAUGACGUCAUCGUCGGCCGCGAUUCGCCACCUGCCAAAAUGAACAUCCAGGUGAAUAUUUACCGGAAAUGUUUAUAGUUUGAUCCCGAUUUUUUUUUACUUUUCUUUGAUUCCUGUUUCUGUUUCAAGAUAAUAUGUAGAAAUUUUUUUCACUUUUUUUAUGAUUGUUUGGUCAGAAAUUAAAGCUGAUUUUUAAAAUUAUUCGAGUUUUUGAACCAACUUUUUAAAUAAUCUCGGUAGAAAUUUUUGAAAAUAUCACUUUAUUUUUUUCUCGUUUUUUUGCGAUUUUUUUACUAUUUUUUUGGAAUAUGAAAAAAAUUCAUUGGUUUUCACUUUUUUUCAGUUUUUUUAAUGGUACUUUGGCCAGAAAUUAAAGCUGAUUUCCAAAUUAUUUGAAUUUUUGAACCGACUAUUUCAAUAAUUUCGAUGUGAAUUUUUGAUAAAAUCACUUUAUUUUUCCUCGAUUUUUUUAAUUUUUCACUUUUUUUGAAAUUUGAAAAAAAUUUAUUGAAUUUUUUUCGUUCGUUUCCUGUUUUUCAUACUACCAUGAAAAUGCUCCAAAAAAACAUCAAAAAAAUAGACUUUUUUUAAGGUUUUUCAUUGAAUCUUGGUUCAAAAAAAUGAAAAAAAUCGAUUUUUAUUAGAAAGAAUGAAACAGUUUUUUUUAAAAUUUCCAAGCUUUUAGCAGCAAUUUUUGAACUUUCAUGUGUCUUUUUUUUGAUCUUUGUCCAAAAAUGAACUAAAAUUCCGGUCAGGUAUAUUUGGAUAAGAAAAAAAUUUUAAAAAAAGGGUUUUUUUAUCAAGAAAAAAAUCAAAAUUUGCCACAAGAUUUCCAAAUUUUCAAGCUUGCAAAAAGCAAUUUUUUUGAACUUUCAUAUGUCAUUUUUUUCUAUUCCCUGUAUGAAAAUGAACUUAAAUUCAGAUCAGGAAGCUCGGAAAUGAGAAAAAAAUCAUGAAAUUUCAAAAUUUCAAAAAUUUUUUUAUCAUUUUUUUCUUUUUUUCUCUGUAAGAAAAAUGAACUCAAAAAAAGUCUUUUUUUCAAAAAAACCAAGGAAAUUUACAAUUUUCAUACUUUUUCCUGGAACAGGAAAGGGAAAUUACACGAAGAUUCCUCAUUUCAUUUCGUGAUUGAAAUCUCCAGCCGGAAAGCCGCUAAAUAAAAUGGGUGGGUGGCGGGAUUUUCUGAGCCCUAAAUGGACGAGAAAUAUGGGUUUAUGAGGGCUUUUUGAUCAAAAAAAAGACUGAGAAAAUGGUAAUUUCAAAAAAAGGGUUGAAACAGGAAAGUUGUGUAAAAUUGAUUUUUUUGAGGACCCAAUCUUUCAUUGGGAAUGAAUAUAAAAUUAAUUUUCUAUUUCAGGUUAUCACAAUAUUUGAGAAAAAACAAGCUAGAAACUGGAUAGUGAAGACAAAAACCAUAUUUCUUUAAAUGAAAAUUUUUCGAUAAAGGGUUGAAACAGGAAAGUUGUGUAAAAAUUAAUUCUUUUUUGAUUUUUCUUCUUUCAUCCAGUCUUUCAUUGGAGAUGAAUAUGAAAAUUAAUUUUUCCAUUCUAAAAAAAUUCAUAAUUAUCAUUAUUUUUGAAAAAAACAAUCUGGAAAUCGGAUAGUUAUAAACAAAAAAAUAAACAAUUUUUUUCUGAAUUUUUUUCGAUUUUUUUCACUCUUUUUCUCAUCCCACGAAAAGGCUUCAAGAAUCAAUACUCAUAGAAAAAAACCAAAGAAAGCUCUCAAGAAGCCUUUUUAGCUCUUUUCCCUCGUUUCAAAUCUGAAAAAUCACCAAAAACCAGCCACCCACACGUUUUUUCGUUGAUGUUUCACACAUGAUUUCAUAUUUUUUAUUUUACAAUACGUUGAUUUUUAAGGGAAAAAGGAAUUGAAUAGAUUACGGCGACGGCGUAAUCCUUUUCGCGCGUCAAACGACGUUUUUUUUCUUCAUCUCCAAUAAUCUGCAAAGUUUUCUGUUGAUAUACUGAUAUUCGUAGAGGAGAAUAUCAAAAAUCAUCUUUUUCGAGUGAAAAUGAGGUGUUUGAGCCGAAAACCACGCUGAAAAGGGCUCUUCGUUUCGAGACCUAUUGAAAAUUAGGACAUGCUCCUCUAAAUUUUUUAAUUGGCCUUCUUAGAUGACUUUCCUGUUUCAGGCGUUUUUCUAAAAUCUUAUCUUUCUUAAUUUAUUUUUACGGUAUUGAUUGUUUCGUAAUAGUUAGAUUUUGCAAAUUUUCAAUAUUUUCCAAUUUUUCUGGUCGCAUUUGGGAUGGAUCGGUUCAGAUUUAUCAUUUUUCUUGAAAUCGACUGAAUAAUAUUUAUUUUUUUUCACUUUUUGGCUUCCGGCUCAAGUCAUUGACGCACGUCGGGAGAUUAGGCAACCUUUUUCAGUUAUUUUUGAUGUUUCAGAAAGAUUAUCUGAUAAUUGGACAGGUUUCUGAUGGAAAAUGAUCUGGGAAGGCUUUUUAUGGACAAAAAAAGAGAAAAAAAUAUAAAAAUUGACUAUUUUAUAGCUUCAGUUUUGAUUUUUUUCAUGUGGUUUUUUUGAAGUAGAAUUAGUUUGGAUUGCUUUUAAAUUGACAUUCGAAUUUUUGAAAACGCUUAGAAAUUGAAAAAAAUCUUUUUUUAAAAAAAUAAGAAAAAAACGGAAAAAAAUCAACUUGAAAAAAAUCAUUUUCUUCCGAUUUCCGUAUGAGAUCGUGUCUGAAAUUUAAAAAAAGCCCCUAGUUUACUUGGGAGCGCCUGAGUGGUCCCUAGAGGGUCAGGAAAUAAUAAAAUUUAGGGGUCCCUAUAGGGGUUUAGGGCUUGAACCUCAGGUCACGAAAGCUCAAGUGGUCCCUAUAGGGGUCUUUCAACUUUCUCGUCACGAUUUGUAAGAUAAAAAAAAGUUUUAAAACCCUAAAGAGACCACUUUUGAGAGCUUGGCCCCCCCCCCCCAAAAUGUUAGUUAAAGUAGUCCCUUAAAGGAAAUUUCCAACAACCCCUGAGGUCCCCCUUUUAAGGCCAUUCAACCGUUGUCAAGACGAACUCAAGAAAUUCUCGGAAAAAAUCCGAGAUUUUUCCGAUUUUCAUAUGUUAUCCCGCUCGAAAUUCCUCGAGAAAGUCGAAAAAAAGAAAUUUCAAAAUCACGGGGGCCAAAGGGCGGCGUGGGAGUCAGCUGUCCGAGACGAUUUUCUCCGUUUUCCACCUUCUUUUUCCACUUCCCGCUCUUUUUUUCGAUAUCAGAAAAUUCACAAAAAUAGCCGUUAACACUUCUAGAAUCUGCGCUCCAUUGAGAAAAAAAAAUUGCUCCGUUUUUUCCCAUUUUUUGCCAUGCUUUUUGCAUUAAUAGGCAAAUGAUUAUCAAAAAAAGGGGCUGGAAAAAAUAGUCGUUGAAACUUCUAGAAUCUGCGCUCCAUUGAGAAAUAAAUAUUUCCACGUUUUUUCUCAUUUUUCGUCAUGCUUUUUUUGCAUUGAAAUAAGAAAAAUUAUUAUCAAAAAAAGUUGUUCGAAAAAAAAUAGCUGCGAAAAUUCAGAGAAAUUGCGCUCCAUUGAGAAAAAAAAUUUUUACCGUUUUUUCACAUUUUCCGCAAUGCUUUUUGCAUUAAAAUAAAAAAAAGAUACUUCUUAUCAAAAAAAAGUGGUUGGAAAAAAUAGCUGCGAAAAAUUCUGAACAUAUGUGCUCCAUUGAGAAAUCGAUUUUUUCCCCCAUUUUCCGAUUUUUCUCAAUUUUGCGGUUCAGAAAACGAUUUUUCAUGUAUUUUCCAUUCAAAAAAUGGCCACACAAAAUAGCCGUCAGGGUCGCGAGAAUGUGCGCUCUAUUGAUAAUCUGAGAGUAUUUUAUCAUUUUUUAAAUUUUUCACUUUUUAAAAAAAAAAAUUAUCCAAAAAAUCUCAGUUGUGCGUCAGAGCGUGUUUCUAGGGCGUGUUUUAAAAAGCUUUUCUUUUUUUCGAAUUUUCCCUGGAACUUUCAGAAUUCCUUUUUUUUUUACUAUUUUCUUUUCUGGACCCAAAAAAAAAUCUUGAAAGAACGUAGUGGUCCGACGCGUCAGCUGUCGCUUCACCGGGUCUUUUCAUCUUUUUCCGCCUCUUUUCCCCAUUUUUUCCCCCUCUUUUUCUCAUUUUCAAGCCCAGACCCUGGGGGUCACCCCACCAACUACUUUUUCCAUUGAUUUUUUCGUUUUAACUGGCCCUUUUAGAUGACUUUCCUGUUUCAGGCGUUUUUUCGAGACAUUUUGCUUUUUCUCGCGUCAAACGACUUUUUUUUCAUCUCCAAUAAUCUGCAAGGUUUUCUGUUGAUAUACUGAUAUUCGUGAUGAGAAAACAUCAAAAAUCUUCUUUUUCGAGUGAAAAUUUGGUAUUUGAACCGAAACCACGCUGAAAAGGGCUCUUCGUUUCGAGACCUUUUGAAAAUUGAAACAUGCUCCUUUAAAUUUUAAUUUGGCUUUUUUAGAUGAUUUUCCUGUUUCAGGCGUUUUUUUCGAAAAAUUUUUAUCUUUUUUUAAUUUAUUUUUUUACGGAUUGUUUUUUUGAUUUUUUUCAGAUUUUUCAAGUUUUUUUCAAUUUUUGGGUCGCAUUUGGAAUGGAUCGGUCCAGAUUUAUCUUUUUCCUGGAAAUAAAUUGAAUAAUACUUUCAAUUAAAUCCUUGAAGUUAUCCAAAAAAAUGUCUAAAAUUUGAAAAACUUUUCUAUAAUGUUUUUUUACUGCCGGAAUCUACAAGAUUUUUUUGAAUUUUUUUGUUAAUUUUUGAAAUAAUUCAAUUUUUUUCUUCAACCCUAUGUAUAAGGAAUUUUUGAUCCUGAUUAACCGAUUUUUUUCAUUAUUUUUUUGUGAAAAUUUGAAAUUUUUAAUGAUAAUUUUUCCAUCUACAACUUAGUUUAUAAGGUCCUUCUAUUUCUAAUUUUUUGAAUAGUACCUUUUUUUGGUUUUUUUUUUGGAAAAGUAUAAUUUUUCAGUGCCCCCUGAUCUGCGAGCAAGGUCCCUCGGCGCCGUCGUCGCCCACGUCGCCCGAUUCUCGCCUGAAACGUCCCCGACCUCUCACCGUCGACGCCAUGCAGAGGAUCAACUUGGUUUGAACCCCAAAUUUCUGAAAAUCAAAAAAAAUCACGAAAAAAUUCGAAUUUUUUCUGAAAGUCCCUUCUAGGAGGGUUGUUUCACUUUUUUAUGGGAUAUUUCUGAAACUUGGCUGGAAUAUUUCUGAAGGCAGUAGAUGACUAUCCUGAGAAUUUCAUUUUGCAAAAUUUCCUACUUUUCGAGAAAAAAGCCCUCAAACCCGAAUAAAAUCUGCAAAAAAUCGAUAAAAAUGGGCUUUUAUUUUGAGUUUUUCAUCCCCUUUUUCUCGAAAAAGGGGAUAUUUUACAAGUUGAAAUUUGAACUUACUAGAAAAGGCGAUUCGAAAUCGAAAAAAGCCUUUGAAAAAUUCGACUUUUAGCCGCAUUUGGAAUGGCUUUUAGGCUCCAAUAAAAACUUUCCAGAAUGGUUUUUUUGUAACUGAAAUGUUCAGUUUAACUGUGUAUCGAAAAUGAUUCAAGUUCAAAAAAGAAAAAGUCGCUCAAAAAUCGUUAUAUUUUUCAAGUUGUCCGCCGGCUAUGACUAUGGGAAACUGUCGCCGAUCUCUCCGAACUACGCGACGUCGGAUCUCGGCUCCAGUCCCAGAUCCUCGAUUUCGGUCACCUCAACGCAUUUGGGUCCUUGGACGGCCUUCCGAGAACAUCAUAAGAGCAGGUUUGAGCCUUUAGAGCGUGAAGUUAGCUGGAAAAGUUGGAAAACGUGGUCAAAAAUUUGACAAAAUUUUGGAAAUUACAGCAAAAAUUAGGGGAAUCUGCGCUCCAUGGAUAAAUCUCAACUUCCCGAAAAAUCUUAGAAACAAGUUUGAGCCUUUCAAAGUUGAAUUUUGAGUCGAAUUACUGAAAAAAGAGGGUCAAUGGCUGAAAAACAGGGCCGAAAAACGGAAAGGCCUAAAAAUGAGGGAACAUUCGCUCCAUGGAUAAAUCUCGAUUUUUAUCCUUCCAAGAACACCUUAAGAGCAUGCUUGAGCCUGGUAACGUAGAAUUUUCAUUCUAUCCACUGGAAAAAAAGUAUAAAAUUUUAUUGAAAAAAAUCGUAAAAAAAUUCUACCGAAAGAGCAGCCAAAAAAAUUAAAGGGAACGUUCGCUCCAUGGAUAAAUCUCAACUUUCCGAAAAAAAUUUUUAGAAGCAGGGUUGAGCUUUAAAAAUAGGAUUUCAGUCGAAUUACUGAAAAAAGAGGGUCAAUGGCUGAAAAAUGGAACCGAAAAAUGGAAAGGCCAAAAAAUUAUGGAAUCUUCGCUCCAUGGAUAAAUUUUGAAUUUUUCUUUCCGAUUGUGGUUAAAAAAAUGUUAAAGUUCGAGUUGCGAAAGAAAGUUUUCCUGAAUAGCAUUUUUGUUGCAGUUUCGAUCUCGACGACGGGAAUUCCGACGUCUGCAGCAAGGAACUUCUAUCGCCCGGAAUGAUGUUCUCGCCGGCCCCGUAUUCGCCGUUUUCCGACACGGACGGCGUCGAAACGCCCUAUUCCUCCUUUGGGAGAUCGCCAAACCUUUCGCCGAACAUCUCUUCGAAAAGCCUCAACCAUUUCAAGUCAGUUUGGAAAGACGACUUGUCUGACCUGUCUGCGCCCUCUUUCCCCUUGCCGGUCAGGUUAUGGAAGCGUGGAAAUAGCUUGUGAACAUGAGAGAGUCGUCAAGAAAGCAGAGAAACUUUUCGAAAGAUGAAGAAAAGAAACCAGCGGCCGGUCGGUUGCAACUUCAUUUGACCAUAGAGUGCUGAGAGAUAAGAGAGCGCAGACGCGUCAGACAGUUGCGAGUCAAAAAUGAUAACCUUUUUUUCUCUGGCAUGACUAGCACUAUAGUAGGUUUACAGAAGCCUUGUUUUUAAAGGCGCAGGGAGGAGAAAUGAAGAAAUCCCCCCAUGCGCCUUUAAAAGCUAGUCAUACCGUAAUCUAGAUAGGAAAGUUUAGUUUUCGCUUCAGAACCUCAUUUAAUUGUAUUUAUGUCUUUCUUGACCAUUCACUAAUUUUCGCCUAUUUGGAACUUCUCUGCUCGUCUGCGCCCUAUUUUCUCUCUCCGAAGAGAUCAGUGAGAGAAAAGAGAGCGCAGACAGGUCAGAGGAAAGAUGAAUGAACACUCUUUUUCAGUUUUGACCUCCGAAGCAGUUCUUCCUUAUCAAAUCGACAUGAUCAUCAUCAACUACAUCUGAUGGUCCCUGGCGGAUCUUUGGAUCAAUUAGCGAGGUUGGUAGAAAGAAAAAAAGAUAGAGAGCGUGGGAGCUUGAGAGACGCAGAGAAGUGGAUUUUCUCUGAUAUCUCUGCUUAUGAAGUUGAGAGUACAUGAACAUUUCUUGAACUUCUUUUUUUUGGAUUCGCAUGAUUUCAGUUACUCUUGGAGUGUGUGCAAAUUGAAGAGACGCAGAGAAAGAGAAAUCUCUGAGCUCUCUGCGUCUCUUCAGCCCGCACACUGUCUAAUUUUCUCUAACAACUUUACAGGUUGAUCUUGAGCCUGCGGGAAAGGAGACGCAGAGAAAAUGAGAUUUCUUUAGAUCUCUGCGUCUCUUCUUUCCCUAUGCUCUCUGGUACCCAAAAAAUCGAAUUUUGAUUCCGUUAGACCGUAUGGAAGCCGCAGAGAAAAUGAAAGCUCUCUGCGUCUUUCCUUUUCUCACAAUCUCUAGAUCUUGAAUAUUGAUUUUUAUCUGUUCAGAACUGUUCAAAGAUUCCAUUUUUGCGCGAUUUCCAGAGAGCGAAGCCGGUCCGACAGCGACAUGUCGCCGUCGAACGACCAUCAGUCGCGCAACGCGGCCCUCCAUUCGACGAUCUCGGUGCCGGCGACGGCGUCGGCCUCGCAGUGCAAGAAGCGACUGAUGAAAAAGUACCGGGAGGAGCAGGAAAUGCGACAGCGACUCGCGGCGGCGACGGCCAAGCCUCGCAGCAGCAGCACGCCGCCGCCGUCGGCCUUCGGAUCCGAGGUCGACGACGACUUUGACCUGAGGAGCGUCAGUCGACAGACCUCACGUCAGGCCACCAUUGAUGACAAUGUCGUCGUCGGGGAGGACCAUCGCCUUCUGCAGUUGGAGGUGGAACCUGCUCUUGGCAUGGUUUGAAUGAACAGAUCUUCCAGAAUGCCAACGUCGUGACGGCGUUCAACGAGAAGCAGAAGAUCGAAGACUGGAUGCGGCAGCAGCUCGCCGCCUACACCGCCGCCAACUUCUACUCCCUCACUCAAGUGGCCACUUUGAUGGUUCGUCGUCCUUUACAGAUUGUGUUGAGCAGGAAGUUACAGAACACAACUCCGCAACUAGCAGCCAUUCCUUCGGUUACGGUGCCGCCGAUCGCGGUUCCAGUCCCAGUGGCGCCUACGAUUCCGAUCCCGAUGCCCAUCCCGAAACCGGUAGAAGAACCAAGAGUCGUGGCCAAGCCGACGCCGAUUGUCGUCCCGAGGCAACCGACCCCACAGCCGCCGGCCGUCCAGGGACCGCCGCAGCACUUCAUUUGUGCCACCUGUGGACAGGUACGGUGGGGUUACGGUAGCUUGGAAGGAAAGAGUUAUGGUAGAGAUAACUGGAGUAGGAAGGCUGCAAGUUUCUUUAAAAGAUUUGAUCUUUUCCACUUUUGCCACCUGUGGACAGGUACGGUGGGUUACGGUAGCUCGGAAGAGAAGAGUCAAAGAUACGGUGGGUUACUGUGGCAUGGAAGAGCAGUGGUUAUGGUAGGGAUAACUGUAGUAGGAAGGCUACAAGCUUCUUCAAAGGAUUUGAUCUUUUCCACUUUUGCCACCGUUGAACAGGUACAGUGCGUUACGGUAGCUCGAAAGGCAAGAGUCAAUGUGAUACGGUGGGUUACGGUAGCAUGGAAGAGCAGUGGUUAUGGUAGGGAUAACUGGAGUAGGAAGGCUACAAGCUUCUUCAAAGGAUUUGAUCUUUUCCCACUUUUCCCACCUUUAAACAGAUACGGUGCGGGUUACGGUAGCUCGGAAAAGAAGAGGUAAUGGUACGGUAGGUUACGGUAGCUUGCAUGAGAAGAGCAGUGGUUAUGGUAGAGAUAACUGAAGUAAAAAAUAUGUAAGCUUUUAAGAUUUAAGAUCCCGCUUUUUCCAGAUCGAUACGGUGGGUUACUGUAGCUUGAAAGGGGAGAAACGGAUGCUGUAGUUAUGGCUACGGUAGUUUUUAAGCUUACAGAAAACCUCUUGAGACAAAAAAAAUUAUUGAAUUUUUGAGAUUUUUGGAUAGAUCUGAUUUUUUUAUGCUUAUGGACAAAUACGGUGGGUUACUGUAGCGAGUUAAAAGCAAGAUUAAGUUACGGUUAUAAUAACUGGAGUAGGAAGGAGAUGAGUUUGCACAAAAAAUAUAGUUUUUUACUGUAGCUUUAAUGUGUCGCUUUUUGAGAAGAAAAAUGACGGCACCUAAUACUUUUCAGGCUUUCUCCGUUCACGACCGCCUCGCUAAGCACAUCGCCUCGCGACAUCGCGAAAGGUCCGCGACAAUCGAUGACGCCAAGAUCCACCGCUGCACGUUGUGUCCGAAGAGUUUUGGGAGAAGCGAUAUGCUCACCAGGUCGGGGUUUUUCAGAAGUUGCAGCCGACUCUUUGCGACUUGCGCCUAGCUUCACGAUUUUAACAGUUAAAACUCGUUUUUAUGCCGCUCUUGUUUUUUCGGCAGAAAAAAUCAUAGAAAAACGAGCAAACCUUAAUAGGUGACGUCACUCAUUAAAAAAUGACGUCACCAAAAUAAUUUAGGAUGACGUCAUUUUCAGGCGCAUAAAGCUGAUUAUUUGGAUUAUUUAGCACCAAAAAGAAUAGAAAACGCACUUUAUGACGUCACUAGCAUGUUUGAAAGCAGUUUUCUAAAAAUUUUAAGCUGCAACCGACUGUUUGCGACUUGCGCCGAACUGUUUAGAUUUCACAGUUGAAAAGUCUUUCCAAGUGCGGCUACGACUGGUUUGACUUUUCAUAAUAAAAAAAGAGUAGCAAACCGUUCUAGAUGACGUCACUGGCUCAUUGAAAAAUGAAGUCACUGGCUCAUUGAAAAAUGAAGUCACUGGCUCACUUUUAAAUGACGUCAUUUCCAGGCACAUGAGGUUGCACACCGGCGCCAAACCGUACAGUUGCCCGACUUGUGGCCAAGUCUUCUCCCGGUCCGACCAUCUUUCGACCCAUUUGAGGACUCACACGGGCGAGAAGCCCUACGCUUGCCCGCUAUGUCCCUAUGCAGCGGUUCGUUUUGGGUAGACGAUGACGUCAUAAAAAUCUUCGGGAUUCAGAGCCGCCGCGACAUGAUCUCCCGACACAUGCGGACGCAUUCCGUCGACGGACUUCCGGUUGAUAUUUCAGCCCCCAUCGGCCAACUGUCGCUGAGAAGCGCCUCGGCUUCUCCCCUACCUCCCAUGAUGCCCGGACCGAGUUUCGCACCAACGACGCCGACGCCGACAGCGAGCCUCACCUCGAGCAGUCAUGACAUCCGACAGAUAUUCUCCGUCUUCGGCAGCAGCUUGGAUCGUGAGUUUCCGAGGAAAAUCGGCCCUCCGACAAAUUCGAUCGAAGUUCUCGUUUCCUAUGAACUCCGAGCCACUUAGGACGAAAAAAAUAUCCAAAAUAUUCUUUUUUCGGGCUUUCAUCGAGCUUUUUCUUUUUUGGGUCAAUGAAAAUCGAUAAAAGGAAAGCAAAAAAGAAAAAUUGGAAUGGCUUUUUCUGCACCUGCACAUCUUAGUGAAUUAAAGAAUCCAUUCCAAAAAGACCGAAAUAUUCGGAAAAAAACAUUUUUCCGAUUGUUUGAACUUUCAAAUUCAUAAAAGUCCUGUGUGAGCCGCAGAAAAACCCCAGGAAAAAAUUGAAAUGGCUUUUUAGGCACCUGCACAUCUAAGGAAAUAGAGGAAUCCAUUCCAAUUGAGACUAAUAUUUUUGUCUUCUUAGCUACCCCUAGUAAAGUGUACUGUUGUAGCACUUUAGGAGGACUGUAGUAGUACUGUGGUUUUACUGUAGUAGUACUGUAGCUUGGAGGGGCCUUCUCACUACAGUAAGACCAGUAUUAGUAGUACUGUGCUCUUACUGUAGUCUCACUGUGGUUCGAAAAACUGUGGUAGUACUGUAUUCGUACUGUAGUUCGAAAAACUGUGGUAGUACUGUAUUCGUACUGGAGUAGUACUGUGGUCUUACUAUAGUCUUACUGUAGUACUACUGUAGUUUUGAGAGGAGGGACACAUUCUAAUACCACUUUCGCAAGGUUUAGAGGCUCCUAUAGGUGUUAGCAAAGUGGUCCCUAAAGGGGACCCUCCCAGGUCCCUUAAGGCUGCCCUUAGAUGGACCAUUCUGGAGUUUCUAACGUGAACGAAUUGCAGUGCGACCAGCGGCGACUGAAGAGCCCCGAAUCGGCAGCGGCGAAAAGUCGGCGUUCAAGCCGACGGGCGCGAAUCUUCUCGCCGUCCCGCCGUCGCUGCAUUCGCUGUCGACGCCGUCGUCGCCGUCGCUGUCGCGAUCGACGUCGCUCCUCUCGACGCCGCUCUCCCGACAGUCCUCCUUCGGCCUCUACGACGACCCACCGAACAUGGACUGUUGA